GACUUUCAAUUGCCUUGGAUGUGUUGCGGAUUUUUUCGGCGUGCCUAUUUUUUGUGUAAAAAAAAAAUAAAAAAAUUAAAGGAGGAAACUUCUGCAAGAGAUUGAAAAAAAUAGUGGUCUUGUGAAUUUAACUGUGUCAAAAAACCUUGGAAUUUGAAAAAAAGUGCGCCCUUGAUUUUUUUCUGGAAAACAAAAAACUUCGUUGAUUUUUUUGUUUUUAUAAGUUUUUUUUUGUAAAUUUUUUCCUAAAAAAAAAAAAAAACAAAAAAUGAUGCGUACUCCCACCACCAACACUGUGCGUUUGGCCACCCAAUUGAUUCGCAAUUCAACGACCAGAUCAAUUAACACCAAUAACCGCCAACAGAAUACGGCCGCCACGGUCCAACCCAAUCUAAACAAUAAUGACAAAUUUUUACACUUCACCAAUGAGGAAGGUUACUAUCGUACAUCGCCCUGUGAGGCCCUGACCAUACCAAAUGUAACCUUGGACAAGUAUGUUUGGCGUGAUUUCAAGAAAUGGGAAAAUAAUGUGGCCACGGUCGAUGUCAUUACCGGACGCCAAUAUACCUUUGCUGAGCUACGUGACAACAGUGCCGCGCUAGCUGUUCGUCUCCAAACGAAAUUUAAAUUACAACAACGUGAUGUUGUUGCCGUCUGCUUGCCAAAUUUACCCGAAUAUCCCGGUGUUGUAUUGGGUGCCAUUGAAGCUGGACUUACAGUGACCACCGUUAAUCCCAUUUAUACAGCAGAGGAAAUUGCCCGCCAACUGACAUUCAGCGAAGCGAAAUUCAUUUUCGGCAUUGCCAAGGGCUAUGGUGUCCUCAAGGAAGCCUGUAAACUGGCCAAAGUAGAUCUACCCAUUGCCUGCAUCCGUAUGUUCCCCGACGAAACACUGCCCGAGGGAGCCAUUGACUUUUUCGAUCUCUUCCAAUAUUCCGAUGAUGUGGACUUUAAUCAAUUGAAACAUUAUGAUGUUUCUCCCAACGAUUUGGCCAUGUUGCCAUUUUCAUCGGGUACUACGGGUCUGCCGAAGGGAGUAAUGCUGUCACACAAUAAUAUUGGCAUUAAUUGUGAACAAGUUCAACAGGCCAUUCACAUAGAUUGUGCCCAGAAACAGGAAGUGUUGCCAUGUGUCCUGCCAUUUUUCCACAUCUAUGGUCUGUCGGUGAUUAUGUUGUCGAAAAUUGGCCAGGGUGCCAAAUUGGUGACACUGCCACAAUUUAAACCUGAAGAUUUGAUGAAGGCCCUGCAUGAAUACCGGGCGACAAUGUUGAAUUUGGUGCCACCAAUUGCCCUUUUCAUGACCCACCAUCCCAAGGUGACCCCAGAGACCUGCCCGGAACUGAGAAUGGUAAUGAGCGGUGCAGCUCCAAUUGGCGCCUCCGAUGUGGAACGCUUUUUAAAGAAGUUCCCCAACACAAAGUUCCUGCAAGGUUAUGGCAUGACUGAAUCCUCUCCCGUUGUACAUCUCACACCGCUGGACAAUACCCGUUACUCUUCCAUUGGUGUCUUGACCGCCAAUACCGAGGGCAAAAUUGUAUCCCUUGAGUCGGAUAAUCACAAAGGUUUGGGUCCCAAUCAACCCGGAGAGUUGUGUGUGCGCGGACCCCAAGUUAUGGCAGGCUAUUUGAAAAACGAAGAAGCCACCCGUGAUACCUUCUACCCUGGCGGUUGGUUGCGUACCGGUGAUGUGGCCUAUUAUGAUGAGGAUGGUUACUACUACAUCACCGAUCGCAUGAAGGAACUGAUCAAGGUCAAGGGCUUCCAAGUGCCACCCGCCGAAUUGGAGGCAAUUUUAAGAGAUCAUCCCAAGAUUCUAGAGGCAGCUGUCUUUGGCAUUCCCCAUCCCAUUAAUGGUGAGGCUCCCAAGGCCUUGGUGGUCUUGAGACCCAACACAGAGGCCACCGAGGAGGAAAUCUAUGACUAUGUGGCCGAACGUGUGGCCUCCUAUAAGAAAUUGGAGGGUGGCAUCAUCUUUGCCAGUGAGGUGCCCAAAAAUCCCACCGGCAAAAUUUUACGCAAAGUAUUGAAGGAGAAAUAUUCCAGUUAAUGUGUGUGUGUCUGUGUGGAGAUGAGCACGGAAGGUUAAACAGAAGAAAAAAAUGAUACUGGUUAUAUGUAUGUGUGUUGAUUUCACAGUUAUUAUAACAAUAAAUGUAGUUAAAUAGGCUUAGGAUUUUGUUUAGAAAAUAAGUGUUGCAGCAAUCAAUCCAUUUGGGGAGGGUAGAAUUUUCUCAAAACUAUUUUGAAUGUAUUUUGUUUUUUUUUUUUAAUUUU